AUGAUCACCUCCAACAAUUUCUCCACCAAAAAACACUCGAAUUGUCCCACCUCUUUCUUUCAAGUUGAUGAUUUCCACAAGAAACAUUCAACUUUUAAUACCUAUCCCUAUGAUCCCUCUCAAUUCCGAAAUCAAUAUGAUGAUUGUCUAGAAAAGGCUGAUUAUAAGAAAAUUAAAAGGCUCCGAAUACUUGUUCAGAGACAAACGAUUGAUAUUUGUAGGGAUCAAUACUAUUUGUACAAUUUUAAAAAUCAUAGAAAUUCUAAAAAUCGAAUUGAUGAUGAUGAAAUUGUAGAAAAGGUUUCAUUGAAGGAAGAGUUGAUGAUUCAGUCGAGUGUUGGAACACUGUUUAUUAGAAAUGAGGGGCAGGUGAUUCCUACAUUGAAUUCUUCUGAUAAUAGUAUUCAGGAAAAGACUAGAGUUUUGGUAAUUAAUGGAGAUUGUGUGGAUGUUGCAUUCAAGAUCCAGGAUGAAUUGGUAAAGAGUGGAAAGAUGCAAAAUGAGAGAGUAGCCAUUCUCAAUAUGGCCAAUCCAAAUACUCCUGGAGGUGGUUAUCAAUCAGGUUGUGGAGCUCAGGAGGAAAAUCUAUUCAGAAGAUCUAACUUGUAUCAAUGUUUGGAUAAUAAGGUUGAUCAAUUGGAUAAACAUAGAAAGUGGAGCUAUCCUAUUGGGCAUGAGAGUGCAUGCUUCUCACCAAAUGUAUUGUUUUUCAGAGGGUGCGAAGCAAAAGGUUAUCCACUCUUGCAAGUUCCAAGAUUAUUGGAUGUCAUUACUGCAGCUGCUGUACCAAACAAAUCGAAAAAUACAGAAAAAAUUGAUGGACGAAACAAUGGAACUAUUGAGGCAAUAUUCAAGGUGGCCAUUUUGAAUGGUGUUAGAAAUUUGGUAUUGUCUGCGUUUGGAUGUGGGGCCUUUAAGAAUAACCCUAAUCAGAUGGCAAAAGCUUUUAAAACUCAACUGGAAAAGUAUGAAGGUUAUUUCGAUAGAAUUUACUUUGCCAUUAUUGAAGAUCACAACUCAAAGAAAGGUCAUAAUCCAGAUGGAAACAUUGAGCCAUUUCUCAAUGUAUUUAAAGAUUAUUUGGAUGACAGUCAGAGGGAGGAAGAUUUUACCGAUUCUCAGUAUAUCUAUAGCUAUGAGAAUGUUGAUGAUUAUUAUGAAAAUUACUAUAGCAAUCUUUAA